AUGACCAGCCCAGGAGAGCGUCUGGACGAGAAUGAUGAGAAGGCCAAGGCUAAGAGCAGGGACCUGCCUGAGAGCAAUAGGCAUCUUCGCGGGUCGGGAUACGAUCAGACAUUGCUCCUUCAAUACGUUCGCGCGAAGCGCCGUCCGUCUCAGGAGAUGGCGCUUGUUCCGGAGGAGAUCAAUGUCAAAUGCGGGGACCUCCUCCGAGUAGCGGGCUGGAGAAGAAUGGUUACAUGUCGUACGGACAUAGGUCGCGCGGUGGUCGCGAGUUAUUUGCCGACAGCCUUGAACUAG